AUGAGUGGUGUGACAGACUGGGCAGCAGACACAGACGGUGUUGCACAGGACGAGGUGCGGUCUGCGUCCUGGACUGAGGAGCGCUGUGAGGAGCUUUGGGACAGAAUUGAAGGAGUACGGCACAAACUCACUCGGAUCCUCCACCCGGCCAAACUCACGCCUUAUCUGCGCCAGUGCAAGGUCAUCGAUGAGGAAGAUGAAGACGAGGUGCUCAACUCCACACAGUACCCUCUGCGCAUCAGCAAGGCCGGACGUCUGCUGGACAUUCUGCGUGGCCAAGGCCAGAGAGGUCUCCAGGCGUUCAUGGAGGCUCUGGAGUUCUAUCACCCAGAGCAGUACACCCACCUGACGGGGCAGCAGCCCACGCACCGCUGCUCCCUCAUCCUCGAUGAAGAGGGUCCUGAGGGGUUGACACAGUUUCUGCUUUUGGAGGUGAAAAAGUUGCGUGAACAGCUGAAAAACAGCCGUCUGUGUGAGCGGCGCCUGUCGCAGCGCUGCCGUAUGGCCGAGGAGGAGCGCAGUCGAGCUGAACGCAAGGCACAGGAGCUGCGCCGUGAUCGACUGCAGCUCGAGAAGGUCCGGCAGGACUGGGAGUCGGCCAGCCGGGAGCUGGGAAAACUGAAGGACCGACUUUUGGAGCAGGCUGUGAAAUACUCCCGAGCUUUAGAGGAGCAAGGAAAAGCCACGAGCCGAGAGAGAGAGCUGCUGAGGCAGGUGGAAGAGCUGAGGUCAAGGAUGAGCGAAGCAGAGAGGUUCUCGUUGGAGACUUACCCCACGAUGUCGUCCAAACGCAGCAGUUUAGUGAGCAGCAGUUUUCAGCUGCAUCCACCUCCUCUGCCGGAGAAACCUCUGAAGUAUCUCAAACCAGAUGACACGGACAAUAACAGCCGGGAUUCAGGGGCGCUGAUGGACAUCCUGCAGCAGGACAGGAGAGAGGCGGCAGAGGAGCGGCAGGAGCUCUGUGACAUGAUCACCAUGUUACAAGAGGACGCACAGAGGUCUGAGGAGCAGAUGAGCCGACUCGAGAGCCAGUGUGAGCAGCUCCAACUGAAGGUCAGCACUUUGCAGCUGGACUGGGAGACGGAGCAGAAGAGAAGUGUGUCCUACUUCAAUCAGAUCAUGGAGCUGGAGAAGGAGAGGGACCAGGCCCUAAGAAGCCGAGACAGCCUGCAGUUGGAGUACACAGACUGUCUCCUGGAUAAGAACCGCUUGCGUAAGAGAAUUUCAGAGCUGCAGACCAGUAUGGAGCAACAGCAGAGGGAGCUGGAGAAAGAGGCCCGAGUGCAGAUGGACCAGAGCUCGUGUCUGCACCGUUCUCACCUGUCGUUGUGGAGCGAGGACCAGUGUUACGGCCCCUGCUGCUCUCUGGGCCUGACCCCUCAGCCCACCAACAAUCUACUGCUGCGGAAGACACACGCAAGAGGAAGAACAACAGAUUCUCAUUCCAACUCGGAGGAAAAUCUCUUAAUUUCAGCAGACGACAAUGAAAAGGAGAUUAAUCGGCUUUCCACUUUCCCCUUCCCUCCUUGUGUCAACUCCAUCAACAGAAGGUUCAAUGCAGAGUUUGACUUGGAUUCUUGGGGCAGUGAUGAGAAUGAAAACAUAGCUGGUGAACAAAGUGAGAUUUCUUUGUGGGAUUCCUGGACCUCGUUACAUUCCCAGCCCUUUUCUCCUGAUUUGAUCAAAGUUCCGACUCCCAAUGCCAUUGAUCAAAAUACUCAGGGGAUGUCCCCGCUCACGUCUCCUCCAAACUCCCCUACGUCUCUUCAGGACAGAAAUGCCAGUCUCGCUGAUGACAUCACCAUCGUGGGGGGGAAUCGGACUGGGAUCUUUGUGAGCCACGUGACGCCUGGCUCUCCGGCCGAACAGUGCGGACUCACACGAGGCUCUGAGCUGCUCGAGCUGGAGCGUGUGUUGUUUGGAGGAGGGAGUGUGCAGCUGGCUCAGUGCACUGCAGAGGUCGCACACUUUUCUCUCCAGUGGUGGACGGAGCCUUCGUCACUGAAGCACAGGAGCAACAGCGAAGCGUUUGCCAAACUGUGGACCGAGAUCCAGUCCUCUUCUUUUAUGGGGGCAGACUCAUUCUAUGUCCGUGUGAACCUGAAUAUGGAGCCUUAUGGGGACCCCCCGUGUGUGGGAGUGUCGUGCGAUGACAUCGUCCAUGUCACAGACACCAGGUUGAAUGGAAAGUAUCACUGGCGCUGUUGGCGAGUCGACCCAAACACUGCCAUGCCUCAGCAGGAAGGGACCAUGCCUAAUUACAACAGGGCUCAGCAAUUGUUACUUGUGAGGUUAAGAAAACUGGCACUUGAACAAAAAGACUCCAAGAGAAAAGUGUUUUGGAAAAAAGCAGCAGAGCGUGUUCGCCUGGUUAAAGCUGUGGACCCUUGCUUUCGUGGGGUCAGCUCUGGGCAGCAGGUUUUGUACACCCUCAGUAAACGUCACGAGGAGCAUCUGAUUCCAUACAGUUUGGUGAAGCCAUUUCAGAUCCAAACUAAACGGCCAGUUGUUUUCUCUCCAUGUCUUCUGUCCCGAAGACUUAUAGAGAAACUGAUACAACCUGCAGACUCAAGUCUGAACUUUAGCACCUGUCCCCCCAAACAUAUCCCUGUUACCGAAAGAGAAGACAAGAAAGUAUUUUUGUUAAACUCCUACACUACAGAGCAGGCUUUGGGUGUACGAGUGCAAUCCAUACAGGAUAUAAUCAGCCAGGACAAACACUGUCUGUUAGAGCUGGGGCUGUCCAGUGUUGAAGGGCUAUUGAGACAGGGGAUUUACCCUAUUGUAAUCCAUAUUCGCCCUAAAGGCAAGAAACUAAAAAAACUAAGAAAGUUUUUCCCUCGAUGUGGAGAAGACGGAGCCAUGGAGGAGGUGUGUCACGCUGAAGAGCUGCAGUUGGAGACGCUGCCUCUGCUUUAUCACACUCUGGAGCCAAACACCUGGAGCAGCACAGACGACCUACUGUCAUCCAUACGCAGUGCCAUACAUAGCCAACAGAGGGCGGAGUAUUCUGAAAGGGAACAGUGUUUCAUGGAAGACAAGAAAAAGAAGAAAGAGGAGAAAAGGAAAAAGGAAACCCCACAGACGGUGCCAGACCAGAAACUCAAAGUGCCAGAAUCUGCAAAGGCUCCCAGUGUAGUGUCACACACCAGUCCAGGCUCACUGUCCCCCUGCUCUGCAGCUCCUUCCAGUCCCAGUGCUGCCAGCGCAUCUGCACCAGCUGCUCCUGGUGCUGGAAACAAUGCAAAGCUGUGGACAUCUGUGGCCAACGGACAACCCACCUCCCCAUCUCCUGGAAGCCAGGCCCUCCAGCAGCAACGAUACAUGUCCAGAGAGGUUCCUCCCAGGUUUCGCUGCCAGCAGGACCACAAGGUGCUACUGAAGAGGGGCCAGCCUCCCCUGUCCUCCAUGCUGUUGGGAGGAGGUGGAACAGACGAGGCUGCAGCGGCCAGUGGCUGCAGUACACAAGGAGAAGAUGCCCCCAAUGCAAAAACAGCUGGAACCACAGAUUCCACUUUGAGUUCUUCUUCCCCUUCAUCCCAUAAUUCAUCAUCUUCAUGUGUGGCUACGUUUUCGUCUUCUAUUACUACUCCUACUUCAACUUAUGCAAGUUCCACAUGGGGGGCAGGCUCUGGCAGCCAGUCCUCCUCUCAGGGCUGCGGGAGGGCGGAUGGGACGGCUGUAACGGACUGGCCCAAAGGGUGUUCAGAGGCAGUCGGUGAAGGGACGCAGGAGCAAGAUCAUCGUGGUAACAAUAACAACUGCAGUGCCUCAUGGAGCGAGACAAACACCCAGCAGAAGGGAGGAGGGGACGCGAACUUGGACAAUUCUUCGCCACCAUCUCCUCUCUCCCCCGCAACCUCGCUUAACGAAUGUGCUCAGUCGUGCGGUGUUGUGGCCUCUCAGGUGGAAGCGGGGCAAGGAGCUGCAGCUAUUCAAAAUUCCAAAGUCUCCCAUCUUCAAGAGAGUCCCGGUGCCAAUUGUAAACCCAGCUCGUCGGCCCGGCAACAGUCUGCUUCAGCUCGCGAUGGCCUUCCUUUACACUCAUCUGUGACUUCCUCAUUUUCUGCCAGCAGCCAACUCAUUACCACCAACUCAUCUGCCAGUCAAGCAGAUGGGGAGUGGGGCAGCACUGUGGGUGGGGGUGGUUCGGGUCACUUAGCAAUAGGAAGCGUAAAAGUUGAGGACAGUAGCAGUAGUGGUGGCAGUGUUGCGACAGACUUCGCACCACCAAAGUUUGCAUCUAUGUCAAAGGCAUGGGACAAUCAGAAGGGGGCCGAGAAUGACGAGGAAAGCGAGUGGGGUGGUGGUGGAAGCAAAGGGGAUGGGUCUACAGUUGGGAGUGGUGGUGGAGGGCAGAAGACAGACAUUACCGGACAACGUCAAUCUCACCAGAUCAAUGCAGAUGUGGCCUUACAGAGCAUGCUCAAUCGGUCAGACCUGGAUCCCAGAGUCCUGUCCAACACAGGCUGGGGCCAGACCCAAAUCCGACAGAAUGUGGAAUGGAACAUUAAUGCGGCAAGUCAAAAUGAUAAAAGCACUUCUUUGUCAUCAGCAAAUGUAAAUUCUAGCACGAGUCGAGGAGCUAACAAUCCGACGUCAAGUUCAGUCAGGGAAAAUUGGGACAGCGGAAGGACCAGUAAUGAAGUGGAGAGUGAUGACCGAAAGUCUGAAGGAGGCUGGGGGGUACGAGGCACUGAAACCCAAGGCAAAAGAUGGGGCAAUGAGGAGCAGUGGGCUGAUGGAAAAGCAAAAAGCAAAAAUGGGGGUAAAUGGGGAGAAUUAGGAAAACAGGGUACAGGGUGGGACGACCAUCCAGAAGAUAAAGGGACCGGUGGAUGGAAAAAUGUGGGACAAGGAGGUGAGACAGGUGGGUGGGGUGGGGAAUGGGGGCAGAGGGACUCUUCAUCUGGAAGAGGGUGGAGUGAUGGACAGAACAGAGAAAACAUUUCUGAAGAAGGCUCAUGGAAUGAGGGUGGGUCUCAUCGAGGGGGAUGGGGAGGAGGUGGCGAGUUGGAUGAAGGCAAAUCUCUUCAAAACUGGGGCAAUGCAAAACCCCAUACAGCAACAGCACAGAUACCAAACAGCCAAGUGGCGCCAAUGAAACCCCAAAAUCAACAGCACCAAUCACAGGGCCAGCAACCAGGAGGACCCGUUCAAGGGGGGUGGGGCACCCGGCCCACGCCUGGAGAACCACCAUCCAAAAAUCCAAACCAAAGUGCAGGCUGGACGUCUGGUCCAAUUCCCCAGAUCCCAGGGGCCACAGGAGACUCCAUGGAGCCCAGUGGUUGGGAGGAACCGUCCCCUCAGUCCAUCAGUCGCAAAAUGGAUAUUGAUGAUGGCACUUCAGCCUGGGGGGACCCCAAUCGCUACAACAAUAAGAAUGUGAAUCUGUGGGAUAAAAACUCUGCUGCUGCUCAAAGUCAUAGUCAGCAACCUCCUUCAAUGUCCAUACAACCAGCAGCCCAAAGAAGGCCGCAAGGGCCACAACAUACAGGGCCUGGUGUGUGGGGAGGAGGGGGGGACAACGGGAGUGGCAGUUGGGGCCACCAGGCGUCAGAGGCUGCCACAGGUUGGGGUGAUUCAGAUGAGUCCAGCAAACAUUCAAGCUGGGGAAACCCUUCCUCCAGCUCUAAAUCUGGUCCAAAGUCGAUGGAGAACUGGGGAGAGAAAGGGGAUAGCUCGAUGGCAGCGUCGCGUCACUCCAGCUGGGAAGAGGAUGAUGACUGCACUGGGGGUGUGUGGAACAGUGGCUCACAGGGAAGCAGCUCCUCCUAUAACUCCGGAGGGUGGGCUCCUGGAGGAAAGAGGGGCAAUCUGAAGGGAGGUGGAGGUGAUAGCUGGAUGAACCCAAUGUCUCGUCAAUUUUCAAAUAUGGGUCUUCUGGGUGAGGAUCCUAACAUGGAUAGGAAGAUGGAUGGUGAAAAAAGAGGCAUGGGAGACUAUAAUGGAGACAUCCGUCGAGGAGGUCGAGGUGGUGCAGGGCACCGCAUGUCUGGCCCAAAAGACAUUGGUGCUGUUGAUAUGGGGCCAUAUGGUGAAAAGAUGGGGAGUCAUGGAGUGUUGUCUGGCAGCAGUGGAGGGACACCGCAGCCUCGGGGGAUGCACCAGCCUGGGAUGCAUCCCAUUAACCCCACCCCAGGGUUACGGGCUCAAGUGCCUCAUCAGUUCCUGUCUACUCAGGUGCCAGGUCCUAUGCUGAAGCAGAUGCCUUCUCCUGGUGGCAGUAUGGGAGGAGUGGUCGGAGGAGUAGGAGGUGUUGGGGGAGUGGGAGGUGUUGGCGGAGGAGGAGUGUUCCCUCCUCAGAUUUCUCCGCAGCAGCUAGCAAUGCUCAGCAACAUAUACCCUCACAUGCAGCAGUUCCAUCUGGCGUGUCAGCUACUACUACAACAUCAACAACAGCAGCCACCGCAGCAGCCAAUGUUUCCGAAUCAGAGGAAGUUUCCACAGCCUCAGCCUGUGAGGCCACAGUCAGACCCACAGCAGCUGGCCAGAAUUAUGGCGAUUCUCCAGCAACAAAGGCAACAGCAGCAAACGGGUGUGGGAGGGCAAGCACCUAUCGGAGCAAACGCCAAACUGUCACCGUCUCAUCUUGGAGGAAGUCUUUCCAAACAAUCCAUUGUAGACCCAAUGCAACAUCCUGGGAUGGGUCCUAUGUCAGAUCUUCAUGGCAAAAGUCAAGGCAUGUACUCUGGAAUGGAGCUCAGUUCUUUGAUGGGUGGUAUGAAGGACACUGGAGGACAGCAGUCUCGCUUCAAAUGGAUGAUGGAAGGACACUCUCCUGUUCCCUCUUCUCCUGAUCUCACACUCAACAAAAAUGGUGUGUUAACUGACGGUCCUUUACCUGGAGGUAUGAAGAUCAGAGGUGGUUCUCCAUACUCUCAUUAUGACAUGUUGGCUGGUGAUGCUUUGGGAAUUCCUCCUCAAGUUUCUGCUGACAACUGGCACCGCACACCAGGAAGUAAACUGAGCCACAAAGCAGCCACAUCCAGCUGGCCUCCAGAGUUUCAGCCAGGCGUUCCAUGGAAGGGAAUUCAGAGCAGUGGAGACCCAGAAUCUGACCCCUACAUGACCCCUGGUGGAAGUGUUCUUGGCUCUCCUGGACCUCCAGGACUCAACGACUCCGAUCAUCAGUUGCUGAGAGACAACAUAGGGCCAAACCCCUCCCUCAACACCUCGCUGCCUUCACCAGGUGCCUGGCCCUACAGUGCCUCAGAAAGCCCCCUUAGCAAUGCACACAGUACAGGAAAGUACUCUGAGUACAAACCCAGCUGGCCUCCUGAACCCAUCGGACAAAACAAGAUGUGGAAGACCAAUCGCAACAGCUCCCAGCCACCACGCCCCCCUCCUGGUUUGACUAAUCAAAAGCAGGCCACUCCCUCCCCUUGGGGAUCUGGGGGCCCUCGGUUGGCCCGUGGUUGGGGAGGGGGUGGGGUUAACCAAGAGUCGAGAUUUGGGCAAGCUUGGAGUGACGGUACAGCCUGUCGGAGCAGCUGUUGGUUGCUGCUUAGCAAUCUGACUCCACAGAUUGAUGGCUCCACAUUGAGGACUAUAUGCAUGCAGCAUGGCCCCUUGCUGACCUUCCACCUCGGUCUCACCCAGGGCAGUGCUCUGAUUCGCUACAGCAGCCGUCAGGAAGCAGCCAAGGCCCAGGGUGCACUCCACAUGUGUGUCCUUGGCAACACCACAAUCUUGGCAGAGUUUGUCAGUGAGGAAGAAGUUGCUCGCUAUUUUGCACAUUCCCAGGCUGGCGGAGAAUGUACCAGCCCAGGGACAGUAGUAGCAAGUGGGGCCCAAAGUUCUUCUGGAGCUGGUGUUGCUGUGGGCAGUAGUGGAGGCAGUUCCCCCGGCAGUGAGCGUGCUUCAGGGGGCACAGCCUCCAGUGAAAACAGUGGAGGAGUAGGGGACGGCGGAGCAGGUGUUCCCGGUGUGAGAGCCUCCUCUUCCAGCUGGCAGAAACUGGAUGGUACUGGCACUUCUUCUGAGACAAUUUCACAAGGAUCUGGACUGGGAAUAUUCUCCCAAUGGAGCACCAACGGGGCUGGAGAGGGAGCCGCUAUUGGUGGAGUGGAGUCUGGAAGGUCUGGGCUGUGGGGCGGCAUGACGGCGGGUUAUCCCAGCAGCAGUCUAUGGGGGGCACCACAGAUGGAGGAGCGACACCAAAUGGACAGUCCUGCAGCACUGUUGCCUGGCGACCUGUUGGGUGGAGGGGCUGAUUCCAUCUGA